UGGGUCUUUCCCUCGGCAGAGGGCCCCAUGGUGGGUGGUGAUGCCGCCGCAGCGUUGGGGGAGCUGGUUUCUGGGGUACCGCAGGCCACUGACUCCGAACAGUUCCUCUCCUACUCCGAGAGCGGGAAGCAAUGGAAGGCCCGUAUGCAAUUCGUCCUGUACCACCUGCCCGACUACCGCGACCCGCCUGAGGGCCCCAGCCAUCUGGACCAGCUGCUGUCCCUCUCCAGGGUCUGGGCCAACCACCUCUUCCUGGGUUGCAGUUAUAACAAAGACCUUUUAGAUAAGGUGGUGGAAAUGGCUGAUGGGGUUGAAGGGGAAGAACUGCCACAGUUUACUACCAGAAAUGAGUUAAUGAGAAAGCAUCCAAGCUAAGCUGGAAGAUCCAUCACAUUUUCAUUAUCAGCUACAGGCUAGAAAGGGGGAAUGUGACUUUGACCACAGAAGCUCUCUUACGACUCCUGGUAUUACCAACCUGUAGGAAAGAGUCAGUUGGAAUGAAAGUGGCGUUUUAAAA